UCGCCAAUAUUUAGUGUUGAUGGAAGUCGUUGUUAGUGGAACGACCGAUGGUGGUCUUAGAUCCUAUGAACUUUGCUCCCACGUAUGUCCACGUCGUGACACCGGUAGGAAGUUGUAAACAAACACAGCGUGAAUUAUUUUUCGAGAAAUAAAAAUGGCUGUAUCUUCUGGGAUGUCUUUUGCCAUUGCUUCGUUGUUGACAGUAUUGCUCUUCUCCGGCAUGCAGAUGAAUCGUCAAUGGCUAGCUUCUUCGCAGGUUCUUACACUCGUAGGAGGCUGGUUUGCAUCAAUGCUGUUCGAGCUGCUGCUGAUUGCAGUUGGAAAUUUGGAGUCUGCUCUGUUCGGUAAAGGGUUCCAAACAACCCUUUUUCCUGAAGUUGUACUUUGUCUUGCUAUUGCCAUGGUUUCUGCUGGUAUGAUACACAGAGUCUGCACAACAACAUGUCUGUUAUUCUCCCUUGUGGCGCUGUACUAUAUGAAUCGCAUAUCUCAAGCAACAUAUGCUGCCCCUGCCCCUGUGCAGCCAGUAGUGACAAAGAAGAAGAAAUAAUCAUUAAAAGGAGUGUGUCUUCCAGAUAAGAGAAACAAAAACUUCAUAUCUCAAGAAGCUCAGCAUGAAAUGUUAUAACUCUUGUACAAAUUACAUAAAAAUGGAAAAACAGUAUCCUGAACAAGUUUUUGUAAAAUACUUAUUGUCAUUAUUAGUUAAAAUACACAAUAUACAUUUUAUAAA